AUGGCGGCGGUUUUGCCGCGAGAAGUACAAACUGAAAGGCCUGAAAGCAUUAUCGAAUGCAUCGCGAUCUUCUAUCAAAAGGGAAAGACCAAACUUGAUUAUGUUCGAAAAGAGAGGUAUCGGGCCAGAAUUCCAACGGGAAUUAAAAGUUUAACGAAGCUGAAAAGCAUUGUCAGGUACGUGAAUUUCAAUUUGUUGAUUUAAAUAAAAUUUGAAUAUAUAAAAUAUGCAUGCUUUCUAGGCCUUUCUGUGGCUUGUGUGUCCUGUCCGAAGGGUUUGGGCUUAAAUAGCCUUAAAUAGGCUUAAAUAUGACUAAAAUAACAGUAAUUAUUUUUUUUAUUAGGGUGAAUUUUUUAUAUUUUCUUAUUCUGGCUUGUCAUUGUCAACCACAAUGAUUUGUUUGCUCUAAUCUUGGGAAGUGAUAAAUAGAACAAUUUACAUGACGAUUAUAAACAUUUCUUUGGUGCAUUUUUAGUACAAAUAAGUUAAAAUGAGCAAGUAUAACAAUAGGAUGGUUGAAAUAUAUGAUGGAUUGAAAACAAAAACAUCUAUUACUCCACCAUUAAAAUUGCUGCCAAGCAGAGCAGGUUUGGGCGUGCAAUGCAUUGUGGGGCCCUUGUGGUUGACAAUGACUCUUUAAUAAACACAUGUAGACUAUGUAUAUAGGUUGUUCAAGAUGGUUGCCAAGGCAUGGCCCAUACGGCCAGGGACCAGUGUGUUUUGUGGCCUAUUGAAUCAUAUUUUAUUUUAUGUACAUUAACUACAUCCAUGUGUCGGCUGCCAGUUUGCCCUAUCAUGACCUAUACUGUGAAAUAAACAGACAGGUCGACACUGGCCAAUUUUGUGUUGGUAUAUAUUUAUUCUUUUAUCUCCCUAUAAUUACAUUUAUUUUUGUGUUUAAUUUUGAGAAAAUCAGUACAUGCCAUUACAAAUUACAGCCAUUCCUAGACACUUUCAUGAUAUAGAUUUCAGCAAAGCUUAUGUGAAUCGAUUUGUAUAUCUUUCUUGCAGUUCCCAGGGAGGAAUACAAGUUAUUUGCCAAGAUAUCGGCUUUGGUAGUAACUUUGAAAUGCGGCUAAGCAGAGAACACAAAGGAGGCAAUGGAACAGUUCUGUAUGCAAUUAAUACAGAUUUUCAUGUAACUUUAGAAUUGCCAGCAAUUCUGAAUGGGAAUGACAAAUUACAAAGUAAGUUCUGGUACAGGCUGGUACAGUUACUAUAGGGCCACUAUAGUUACGUUUGAGAAAGGUGGAGGUUUGUAGAGGUGGAGGUUUGGCCCAAUGUACACAAUCAUUGGGAACAAUGUAUCUCUGCCUGGGAACUAUACAAUGUUCUAAAAAUAUAUUUGAAAGUUUAUUUUGCAAACCAAUUCUACAAGUUUUAUAAAAAAUUUAUUCUAAAUAAAGUAACAAAAAAUAAACGAAUUGCCAAAGUUUUGUUUAUCUUCCCAGAUGUUAAUUCUCCUUGACACUGCAGCUUUAUGUUUAACGUCUCUGCCUACUCUGGUACCUUCGAUGCGUUGAAAACAUAAAGCCUCUUAAAACUAUGUGCAGUAAAGCAUUCAAAAUUUCAAUAUAAUUUUUCAUUUCCUCAAUUGUAGUUUCCUUGAAAUUUCUACUUUGUUUGGAAAAAUUUGAAUAUUACAAUAUAACGGUAGGCCUACUUUUUCAUUUUUACAGUUACAGUAUAUCCUGUGAUUACAUCAUUUUCCAAGAACGUUCCCAUUAUAAACAUAGAAGUUGUUGGCUCUUCAUCUUCACGUCCAGAAACCUCAAAAAUAGUUCCAGAGGUAGCAAUAAUUGAUGACGAGGACGCAUUUAAGAAAGGUAUUUAAUGUUGCUUAGAUUUCUUAUAUUGAUAUAUUUUGGCUGUUGAAAUCUGACAAUUAAUCUAACUAUGUAAAAGCAGCCACUAUCGUUUUAUUCACCCAAGUAUAUAUUCCAUUUGAACCAUAGAACUACUUGAGAAAUUUCAAGGAAGCACACUUCAAGAUUCAUCCAAACAGCGUAUUAUAAAAAGUAGACAAAAACCUAUUGUGUGGCCUUGGAAUAUUCACUGUGGAAUAUGUAAAAAGAAAUGUAUGGUACGCGUUGAUGCGAAAACAAACGGGAGAAUACAAUAUUUCAAAAAAC